AUGGAGAUUCCGUGGCUGAGAAGCAGUAUCGUAGGAAAGUGGGACUUUUACGAGCUACUGUUGCUAUUGUUGGUGAGAGCACCCCACCCGAACAGAAAGACACUCGACUGGUGUAUACAUAUGAACUUCCUUGACUGCAUGGAUUGGAAUCUACUCAUCAAGAGAUACUCGGGCCAGCUUAUGUUUUCGUUGAGUGAACUGAGCAAAUAUGGCUUCGGGUCCCUCCUCGCCAUCCAGAUCAUCCUCGGCGUUUUCGAAACCGGCUCCUUCAUCGGUGGGACUGUCCAUAUAACAACGUUCUAUAGACGCGACGGGAUGGGAUUAUGUCUCGCUCUCGCCAUUAGGCACUCAUUCGCUGUCUUCGCAUUGCCUUUCAGCUGGAUGAUCUCCUAUGGCGUUCUUCAAAUCAAGGACACCGCCAUUAAGGGGUGGCAGUGA